AUGACGCACAUUAUUGUAGUGACAACUUAUGCCAUUUUAUUAAUUGGACAUUUAUUAAUUGGACAUUUCUUUAUUCGGCUUUCAGCUGAAACCAACAUACCUGUUGGUUGGUUUGUUGAUUAUUCAACAGCAAAUGAUACCAGUAAUACAUUUUCGGAGUCAAUAUCUGCUUCUCUUAAUACAAUUAAUAACAGUUACAAAUGGACCAAGGAUUAUAGAAUACAAAGUGUAUUCGAAAACGUCAGCGAUUCCAAUAUCUAUACUGGAUUUCAUCGAAUUUGCUCUCGUUUGGAGAACGGUGCAAUUGGUUUAAUAUCAAGUUUAGAUAAUCCUAAAACACGUCUACUCGAAUCAUUUAUGAAUCGUUUACGAGUACCAAUGAUUUCGUUAGAUUAUUUCGAUUAUAAUAAACAAUUUGAUGCCGUUAAGAAUUUUCAUUUUUCAAUGAAAAUUGAUCUCUUACAAGCUCUCACAGCAUUUAUUAAACAUUACAAAGUUAAUAAAUUAUAUUAUGUUGUCGAAGGAGAGGAAGCAUUCGGACGUUUUCAAACAAUGAUGGCUGCUCAAGCGCGUGAAAAAAGUUAUGAUAUUCUCGAUAUUCAAGUACGACGUUUAAAUGAUGUUACAAAUCAAAAUCAUACAAGAAAUCUUUUACAAAGUGUUGAAAUUAAAGAUCGAGGAACAAAAGAAGAACGCUAUAUUGUCCUAGAUUUAAAUUCACUUGAGAGUUAUAUCAAUUUACUUAUUCAAAUUCGACAUUAUGGAAUGACAACACCGCAUUACCAUUACAUUAUAAUGAGUCUCGAAGCGGAUAGAAUUGAUAUGCGAUUUUUUCGAUACGGUGGAGUGAAUGUGACAUAUUUUCUACCGAGAUCCAUCCAACCUGUGACAUUAUUGAAAAGCUCAAUAGUCGAUAAUUCGACAGAUCGUUUAUCGUUACCAUCUUUCGAGAAAAAAGCAUUAGCCGAUAGUACUACAUUCGACGGAUUUUCUGGACAUAUUGAGUUUAAUGCAUAUGGUGAGCGAAUUAAUUAUAUGUUGGAUGUACAUCAAAUAACAAUGAAUAAAUUACCGAGAAAUGUGGGAAACUUUACUAACGAUUUAUUUGUGAUGGAUGAUACUGAAGUAUUUCAAGGUAGACAAACACAUGAUUUUGAUAAGGGACGAGAGAGGAUCAUAACAACAAUUUUGGAUGAGCCAUUCAUAAUGAUAAAUACAACAGCUGCUGGUAAUCUGAAUUCAUCAACAGCUGCUGGACAAUUUCUACCAUUUGAUCAUUUAUACGGUUAUUGUGUCGAUUUGGCUCGUUUGAUAUGUGAAAAAAAGUUAGAAAUUCGUUGUAAAUUUCGUAUUGUCAAAGAUGGUCUAUUUGGAAACAAACCGACAGAUGGUCUAUGGAACGGAAUGAUUGCAGAACUCGUUCGUCAUGAAGCUGAUCUCGCCAUAGCUCCGUUAACUAUCACUAGUCAACGGGAGAGUGUUGUUGAUUUUUCAAAACCGUUUAUGAAUUUGGGAAUCAGUAUUUUGAUUAAAAGACCAGAAAAAGAUAAACCAGGUGUGUUUUCAUUUAUGGCACCAUUAUCAAACGGAAUUUGGAUGUGUGUGACAUUCGCUUACAUUGGUGUAAGUGUUAUUCUGUUUCUCGUUAGUCGAUUUUCGCCGUACGAAUGGAACAUUGAAGAUGAUACGACUGAAUCAGCAACACCACAAUUAUCAAACAAGUUUUCCAUAUUAAAUACAUUAUUUUUUGCAUUAGCAGCAUUCAUGCAGCAAGGAGUCGAUUUCAUACCAAGAUCAAUAUCAGGCAGAUUAGUGGCCAGUGUAUGGUGGUAUUUUUCAAUGAUCUUAGUUUCAUCGUAUACAGCUAACUUAGCUGCAUUUCUUACCGUCGAACGAAUGGUUACACCUAUUGAAAGCGUGGAAGAUCUAGCACGACAAACGGAUAUCAAGUAUGGAGUGGUGCGAGGAGGUUCAACGCAAACAUUCUUUGAGAAAUCAGAUGUGAAAAUAUUUCAACGAAUGUACACGUUUAUGCAACAAGGUGACGAUGUGAUGGUGAAUAGUAAUAAUGAAGGAAUAAACAAAGUUCGGAAAUCAAGAGGAAAAUAUGCGUUUUUACUCGAAUCGAUUAAGAAUGAGUAUACGAAUGAACGUCAUCCGUGUGAUACAAUGAAAAUUGGCAGUAAUCUAGAUUCAAAAGGUUAUGGUAUCGCAACACCAGUUGGAUCAGAACUUCGUGAAGCAAUCAAUAUAGCCGUAUUAGAAAUGAGUGAAGAUGGAACAUUAAAUACAUUGAAAAAACAAUGGUGGUAUGACAGAUCCGAAUGUGGAAGUGGAACAACGAAAGAAGCAAAACAAAGCAAUGCAUUGAAUCUUGUUAAUGUUGCUGGUAUAUUUUACAUUCUCAUUGGUGGUUUAGCAUUGGCUAUAAUCAUAGCUGUUUUGGAAUUUUUUGUCAAAGCUAAUGUUGAAGCUAAACAAACUAAAAGUGAUUUUCGUGACGUUAUGAGAAGAAAUAUGCGUUUGAGUAUAACAGGUAUGGAUUUAGAAGAACGAGCAACUGAUCAACAAAAUUGUUAUAUUUAUAAAUUUCCAGCACAAGAUAAUUAUCAGAGUUAUGAUGCUCUAUUUGACGAAUACGAUAAUCUUGGUAAUCAUGUUAAUGGUAAUCAUAGUCAAGUUUAA